AUGAGGAAAGCCAGGGAGGAGUUCAGAGCAAAGCUGAUGAAGCUUAUUUGCCAGUCUGCCCCCGGGGAAGACGGGGACUCGAUUCCUUCAGGAGAGGAGAAAAAUAUGCUACGAUAUUAUUACUACUUACGAUACGGCAUUGACACGAUACAUGUCGCGCCUCUGGAUAAUAAAAUUAUACUUCGAGUGCAUAAUUUGAUAUCGCCAAAACUAAAGAAGUGGAAAGAGACGUUGUUUACUUGCACCGACGAGAUGCGAGAAGAUUUCAUGAUGAGCAUGAAGAAGGCUAUCGUUGACUUCGUUCUCAAGGACCCAAAUACGGAAGAAUCGUUAGAAGAGGAAGAUACGCCUCUGAAACAGGAGCUGGCUAAAAAGGACGACGCGUGGAGGAAUCGCUACGCGCUGGCCAAGAAGUAUCUCACGAAGAACCUGCACAGCGUGAACCCUUGUAUCGCUCAGGUCUUGCAGAUCUGGUGGAAGCAGUUCAAUGAUUUGCGAUUGAUAAGUAUGAAAGACAUUAUGAUGACAAACGAAGCGUACGAGCUGCAAGAUUUCUCUUUUGUUUGCAAGAGACACAUUGAUGCGGCCGGCAAUGUGCUAAAUCUUCAAUGGAUACCGACUGUUCAAGCAGUUUUUUUGCAGGGAAACAAGAAACGGCUUAUUCCUGACCCCAAGCAAGCUUCAAAAAUGAAACAUUUUUACAACUGCUUGUCUUGUAUCAUGACGUAUAAUCUGCAGACAUUAUGCUUGAAAUCCAUGGCAGAAUUUACAGACUAUAUUUUGGAUGUUGGGGGAAAGAAUCAAGGGUUCGUGAUAAACCUAGCAUUUCAGAACGAUGCCAUUGAAUUUGAACCCUCGUUCAAACAGUUUAGAGAUCAAAUCGGUUUACUGUACGAUUUCUUAAUAGACGCCUGUAGACAAUCACCUCGGUUGGAGACUAUGUUGUAUCAAGACUAUGUUGCUACGUCUAGAGUAACGCUGAAGCCUAUUAUAGACGACGAUUUAGUAGAUGAUUACAAAAAGAAAGUAGCGGAUUUGAUUGCGGAGCAGAGAAUUGGUCCUGAAUUACGGGUGCAAGACUUUGAUGACUACGUUUGUCUUCUGAAUGGCGACUCCUUGACCAAAGUAGAAAACUUUAUAAACGCUCGCCCUGAGAAGACCUUCGAAGAAUACUGCGAAGAAUCCGUCAAAUACGUUGAACUAGCCCGAGAGAUACCUUCUAAGCUUGAGGGGACAAUACAGAUUGGUAUGUUUAGGAUGCAGAGAGGCGAUCUCAUUACUUCAUUACGAGGUGCAGCCUCGAGACUUGCCAAUACUCUUCUUAGGAGAAUGACAGAGGAUUACCAGAACAUGAUAAAAUCGAUAUACGACGAGUACAAUACUAUAGCAACUACAUUGUUAACACCUCCGCCCGAUACCGCCGCGCUAAUGGAUUUGAUUACCUACUGCAAGAAGACUGAAGACGUUCUGCUAGACGAGAUGGAAGACAAGCUGCGG